UCUCUAUUUAUUGUAGUAUUUAAUUCAUAGUUUCUUGCGGUAAAUGAGAUAAUUAGAACAAAAAAGGAUAGGGAACAACAGAAGAAAGUUUAUUACCAUACUGGCAUUUUUGCAGGACACACUGCAUAAUUAGAAUAAAUCUCUCAAUUUAUUUAUGUAGAAAAAAUAUAUAACAAAUCUUUAUAUAUUUAUUUAUGGUUUAAAAACUGUAUAAUGAUGGAAGGUGGGAGACCUGAAGAAUGUGUUCCAAAACAUAUACCAUCUAGAUUCGCACAGAGCAAGAAAAAGAAAUGCACAGCUUUGGUGGAUCACACUGUGAUGCAAGAAGCAGUGUCACGUCAAAGUGCUUGUGCUGCUGUGAUGGGCAAAAUUGUUGAGCGACCUGUGCCUUCACUGGAAGACUGGGCCAAAGAAGAUGACAUUCAGUGGUGUCUUCCUCAGCCCUUAGGCAAUCCAAAACCCUUUCUCAUUCCAUUCAAGAAAUUUGAAGGCCAGUCAGAGAAAUCACUUUAUCGUCAGUACAUGGAGAGCAUUGGCAAAACUGGCUUGUUUGAAACUAGUCCUGUGAAAAGUGAAUUGGUUUCAGAAGCUUCAAAGGAAUUAAAUAGAGCUUAUCAAGAAGAAGAGAGUGUAAGUGCAGUGGUGUGCGGAGAAGGAGUUCUAGAGGGUGGGGCUCAAGAGGCUGCUCAGAUACACAAAGAAAACCUGGAGCGAUUGUCACAGCUGACGCCUGCUGAGAUACAGAAGGAGCGGGAUGAAAUAUUGGCUCAAUGUGACCCCAAACUGGUGGAGUUUAUUAGGGGCCUGCGUUCUCAUCAAGAACCUCAGCACAAGAAUUUCAAAGGUUUAAAAGGUGAAUAA